CUCCCUAUAUAACUCUCACUCCACAGAAACCACCCGUCUCCUCGUAACUGUCGCUCCUCCUCCGCCGUCUCUUAAAGCCGUUAGUCACCGCCACCGUCGAUCAGAAGCUACCAUGGCCCCGAUUGCCGUCGGCGAUUCGCUUCCGGACGGUACUCUGUCCUACUUCGACGACCAAGAUCAGAUGCAAACGGUCAACGUUCACUCCCUCGCCGCCGGCAAGAAGAUCAUCCUCUUCGGCGUCCCCGGCGCCUUCACCCCCACUUGCAGUUUGAAGCAUGUUCCUGGAUAUAUUGAGAAAGCAGAUGAGCUGAAAUCCAAGGGUGUUGACAAGAUUAUCUGCCUCAGUGUGAAUGACCCCUUUGUGAUGAAGGCAUGGGCCAAAUCCUACCCUGAGAACAAGCAUGUCCUUUUCGCUGCUGAUGGAUCAGCGAAAUACACCCAUGCCCUUGGUCUUGAGCUUGACCUCUCGGAGAAAGGACUUGGAACUCGUUCCAGGAGGUUUGCUCUCUUGGUCGAUGACCUCAAGGUGAAGGCUGCAAAUGUUGAAGCUGGAGGAGAGUUCACCGUCUCUAGUGCUGAUGACAUCCUCAAGGCUCUUUGAAGAGUUUAAAUUGUCUCACCUUUAGCUUGGCCUGAUCCCUUUUGUAUGAGUCUUGUCUAUGUUGUCUCCAGUCUUCUAGUAUAGUCUGGUUGCAUAUUAUGUAUGUGGAUCUUUAAAUCUCAUGCUUAGCAGAAUGGUCUAAUGAAAAUAAAGAGCUUUUGAAUUUGCUUAA